CUCCGGUCCUCAUUCACUACGGUUUGUCCGAGUUCGCAGUGUCUCUGUGCGGUGUAUUUUUUUUACUCCUCCACAAACAGCGUUGCCUUUUUCCUCCUCCGGAGCCUCCGCGAGCUGAGCGUCUUUAUGAGCGUGCGGCGUUCAGGUGCGCGGACGAGCUUCGUUUUGGUGAACUUCGCCUGUUUUUGCCUGGAGGGGUGUGCUUUUGCACAAUCUACCUGAAUUGUGCGCCUCACCCUUGCACGCCUUCAGCCCCUCUCGACUAUGGAUUUGGUUUGGAUUGCGGGCUUCGUGAGCGUCUGCGCCUGGUUUGCGUCAGCGGAGCGACACAGCGUCUACUGGAACGGCACGAACCCAAAGUUUCUGUGGAACGACUACACGGUGGAGGUGAAGCUCAACGACUACCUGGACAUCGUGUGCCCCCAUUACCCCGAGGGGGAGUUGCCGUCGCAGGACGCCGAGCGCUACGUGCUCUACAUGGUGGAGCGGGAGGACUACGAGACCUGCAAGGCCCAGUCGUACGAACAGAUGCGCUGGGAGUGCGGGCACCCGUUCGCGCCUCACGCCCCCGAGAAGUUCUCCGAGAAGUUCCAGCGUUUCACCCCAUUUACGCUGGGAAAAGAGUUUCGCCAAGGAGAAAGCUACUAUUAUAUCUCCAAGCCGUUGCACCACCAUGGAAAGGAGUGCCUCAGGCUUAAGGUGGACGUCGUAGCAGCUGACGGCUCUCAGGAGGCCAGAGUGGCUAAGGGAGGCACGGCUGAGGCUGGAGUUGGAGCUGGGGGCGGGGUUCACAACCCGUCCAACAGACUGCCUGCAGCGGACGACCCAGUGGUAAACCUGCCAGACGUCCAAAAGAGCGUCCGGACGAUCUCCUCCGCAGCAGUUGCGUCCCUCUCAAGCCUCUCAUUGCUAGUCCCAUUUUCAUUACUGCUAUUGUUGCACUGAGGACAUGAAAGGACUGCAGUUGGCAGACGCUUUCUUUUCAGGGACUACAAUGAAGACAGUCCAUGGGGGGAAAAGAACCACAGACUCCAAAAGACAGGUUUCCGUGCCCAGUGCUGGCCACAGGGAGAGACUUGUAAAGUACGGAUUGACUCGCUUGCACAACAUGUGCUGAGGAACUCGUGAGCGUUCGAGACAGAGCGUGUGUGCUUUUUUUUUUUUUUUUUUUAAUUCUUUU